AUGUCGCUUGUAGUUGUAGUGUACAAAGAGUCGGAGUGUGGGGCAUGUUGGGAAAUGAUGAUACAGGCAUGUUUGACCCGUGACAGGAAGGUGAUGGAUGCAACAUUGGAAACAGAUAAUGAAGAACAUCGUAUGGCUUCUUGUGUACCCUACAUGAUGUCCAGUGAGAGCCGAGAAUCUGGAUAUGUGGACAACUGGCAGUCAGGGAAGACUGUCACAGAGUGUAAUCUGCGCAUGCUCAACACGGAAGACUUAAGUGACGUCACCUUCCGUGUAGGAUCAGAGAAACAGGUGGUCCGAGCACACCGCUACGUUCUUGUCAGUCGCAGCUGUGUCUUCCAUGCCAUGUUCUGUGGCCCCCUGGCGGAGACAGGGGAGGUAACAAUCCCUGACAUUGAGGCAGACAUCUUCAAAGAGUUCUUGAGGUAUGUGUACACAGACAAGGCCUCUAUCAACGCUGCAACAAUCACGGGUCUAAUGUACACCUCCAGGAAAUAUGCCAUAGAUGCAUUGUACAAUCUCUGUGUAACGUUCCUUGAAAAGUCCCUGUCAGAAGACAAUAUCUGUCAGAUCCUGGAGCAGUGUCAUGGCUAUGGGGAGCUGGACUUGGAACAAAAGGCCUUGAAGUUGCUGACUCGAGGAGGCAAGAGAGUCAUCCAAUCUCACGGGUUUUUGAAGCUUUGCGCUGAGUGUGUGGCUAAGUUUGUGAGGUCAGAUAAUUUGGAUUUUAAAGAGGAAGACAUCUUUGAAGCAGUUCUGUCCUGGACAAAAGGAAGAUGCAAACAGGAAGGUGUCAAUGACACGCCGGAGAACAGACGGGGUUUCCUUGGGGAUAUAAAGUAUGAGAUCCGGUUUACCAGCAUGCCCAUAGAGUAUCUGGUGAAGGAUGUAGGCCGAUCUGGUGUGCUGACAGACACGGGGCAGGAUACGCUCUCUAUUUCACGAACACCUGAUAUCAUGGAUCUGGCAACAGCCGUUGGUGUCAGCAUUGCAGAACCUUAA